AUGGACGCGCUGAUUCCCUUCACCACCUCAGGGUCCCUUGUCGAUCUCGUCGACAAGAAGGUCCUUGUUGUCCUCCGAGACGGUCGCAAGCUCAUCGGCGUACUGCGAAGUUAUGACCAGUUCGCCAACUUCCUCCUCGAGUCAACAGUAGAGCGGUUGUAUAACGGAUUCGAGUUUGCCGAUAUCGACAUUGGUGUACUUCUUAUCCGCGGAGAGAACGUCGUUGCUCUGGGCGAGAUUGACCUGAUUGCCGAGGACGAGAUCCCUUUACGCCAGAUCCCUCUGGACGAGAUGCGAGCAAAGCUGGCCGAGGUCGAGGUGAGCUUCCGCGUUGUGAAAAAGCUGACAGGGAAGAAGCGACGGGAACGGGAUAGCGCGAUCAAGGACAAGGUCAUGGCCUCGAUGGGCUUCGUGUCUGAGAAGCACGAGGGAGACGCAUACUAG